AUGAAGACAGUUUUGGUGGUGAUAUUCGCACGAUUGGUGAUAGGAUAUGGCGUUGAAACAGAGGACUACGCCGCACACAUUUUGCGGCACGUGAAACCCCAAGUGUCGGAGAAAACACAGGAACAAGCAGCACUGGAAGUUAUUGCACGGAUCUUGCCCGAACAGCAGGCGCAACAGUUUCGUGUACGAGUCGAUAGUACGAUGGAAAGAAAUUCGUUUCAUGUGUUUAAAGGUGAAGAAGCCUCGGAUCCUACCGUAGUACAGAUCACAGCAUCUAGUGGCGUUGCAGCUACAAAAGCAUUCUACCAUUAUCUGCGAUACUGGUGCCGCGUGUUGGUGGCUUGGGAAGGUAGUCAGUUGAAUCUGCCACCUGAAUUUCCAACGGUUAAUGUGAGCGUUAAGGCACCAAGCAGUAUCGUGUACUAUCAGAACGUGUGUACCUGGUCCUACACCUUCACCUGGUGGAGUUGGCCACAAUGGCGCAAACACAUCGACUGGAUGGCGCUCCAGGGCAUAACGCUCAGCUUAGCCCCAUUCCAGGAGGAUCUCUGGACCGAGGUAUAUCUCCACUACAAUCUCACCCGCGCCCAGAUCGAUGAUCAUCUUUCCGGACCCGGAUUCUUUGCCUGGCAGCGGAUGGGCAACAUCCGUGGUUGGGGUGGACCAUUAACCACGAACUUCACCCAAUUUGCUCGCACCCUGCAACUGCGCACAGUAUCCGAAAUGCGUCGACUUGGGAUGGCUGUAGCAUUGCCAGCUUUCGCUGGACAUUUACCCGUACAGUUCCGUACGCUGUACCCUAACGUAUCAUUCGCCAACGUUUCCGUGUGGAAUAACUUCCCGCCGCAGUACGCUAGUCCGCUGUUUCUUGAUCCCACCGAGUCACUGUUCGCGGAGAUUGGAUCACGUUUUCUGCAGCGUGCCAUCGCUACGUACGGUACCGAUCAUGUGUACUUUAGUGAUCCGUUUAACGAAAUUAAUCCCGCUCAAACGGGUGGCCGGUACUUGUCGAGUGUGUCCGAGGCAAUUUACAGCACAAUGACACAAGUCGAUCCGGACGCUAUCUGGCUGCUGCAGGGCUGGAUGUUUGUGAAGAAUCCGUUCUGGAGUGAUCGUGCUAUCAGGUCGUUCCUGUCGGCUGUUCCGCUUGGUCGGAUGCUUGUGCUGGAUUUACAGUCGGAACAGUAUCCUCAGUACGUGCGGACUGCGUCGUACGCUGGACAACCGUUUAUCUGGUGCAUGUUGAGCAACUUUGGAGGAACUCUCGGGAUGCUUGGUUCGGUUGAGAAUGUUCAUCGAGGUAUUCGGGAGGCAAGAAGUAAUGGGUCGUACACACUGCUCGGUACAGGGAUCACACCCGAAGGAAUCAAUCAAAACUAUGCACUGUACGAGUUUGCCCUUGAGAUGGGAUGGAAUGAUGAGCUGGACAGCACGGGGAAAUGGUUCGACGAGUAUGCUGAGGCUCGCUAUUGGAAUGAUACUGGAGAUGGGUUGGAAAAAGCACAACAAGCGUGGAACAUCUUCCGUUGUACGGUGUAUGCGUUCGAGGGUUUGGAGCUUAUGCGUGGAAAGUACACCUUUAACCGUCGUCCAAGCUCUAAAAUCAAACCUUGGGUAUGGUACAACGUGUCCACCUUCAAUCAAGGAGUGGAUCUACUCUUAUCCUUCGCUGAAGAAUCUUCUUGCAAUCAACUGUGCCAGUAUGAUAUCGUCGAUGUAACUCGCCAGUGUCUUCAAAACGUAGCUGACGCACUCUACAUAACGCUGAUGGAUAACUUCAAGAAGCGCAAUAUUAUGCUAUUCCGUAAACACUCUUUACUGUUUCAACAAUUACUAGCCGAUCUCGAUCAGCUUCUACUAACUAACAAGCGCUUUCUGCUAGGACCGUGGCUUGAAUCAGCCAAAUCGUUUGGCGAAACCAACCUCGAGCGCCACAAGUACGAGUAUAAUGCACGCAUCCAGAUCACUCUGUGGGGUCCCCAGGGACAGAUUGUUGACUACGCCAACAAGCAGUGGGCCGGCAUGGUGCAAGUCUUUUUCCUCGCACGGUGGCGUGUGUUUUUCAACGAGCUGGAUCAAGCGCUCGUCUCGAACGGGACGAUAAAUGAUUUGAAGAUACGGGAAAAAAUAUUUCGUACCGUUGAGCUACCGUUCGUAACGGACAGAAAGAGGUACGCCACGCAACCGGUGGGGAAUCCAUUGGGCAUUGCAAGAAUAUUGUACGAGCGGUGGACGAAAAUUGUGCCGACUUUGAAGGAAGUACCAGUAAAUCCUGCUCGUCGAAAAUCGGAGAAACGCCGACGUAAUAAAUGGUUUGAUUAA